UGACAAUUUUAUCUAAACAACAGAAACGCUCAAACGAAGUCGAGAUCAAGAUCUAGGGCUUCGGACUUCGGAAGCGUAUAAUCUAUUCUUGGCAUGAAUCAAAACACGGAAACUGUGUCAACAGUAUUUUCAUAACAAGGAUAACACCCCCCGCCAGGGUUCAAGACAGAGAGUCUGCGUGAGCUGGUGUCCAGGGUACAGUACAGGGGAACAGGGGGAUACGCACGUGUGUGAUUUCUUUUCGUGAGUGCUGGCCACGUCAUGAGGGUGACGUCAGCGCUGCUUUUCUGCGUCCUCGUGGCCUUUGGUCACGGGGCCACCAUCUACAAGUCGGGCCUGCACAAAGAGCUGUGCUCAUGGGGCGCCCAGUACUGGUGCAGCUCCGCCAAGUCUGCCGGUCUGUGUGGCCGCACCGAGUGGUGCUCGCAGAACCACUGGCCGCAUAAACUGAUCCAGGAUUUAUCAUGCUCUAUGACCCAACAACUUGUGAAGACAACGAGGAAACUCAUCUACACCUCAGAUGUUCAUCCGACUUCUGAUCAGGAGAUUGCCUCCGUGAUUGCCAGAGGGUGUUCUUCGAUGAAAGAUAACAAUGCAAGGCACAAAUGCAAAGAAAUUGUCACCAAUGAGGAGACUCUUCUGAAACUGAUUCAUUUGCUCGACUCAAAGCUGACGACACAAACUGUAGCAGAGGCUGUCGGAGCGUGUAGGAGAAAGCUUCCAGCUGGACAGACAAAGGUGUGCCCAAAGUGUGAGAAUGUUGUUUCCACUUUCCAGAAUCAUGCAAGCAAAUUUUUUACUUCUGAUAUGUAUGAAAAGAUGGUGGAUCCUUACUGUUCCAAACUGGGCCAGGCCAAACAUUUGUGUCAGUCUAUGGCUCAGGCAAACUACGAGAACUUUUUACAAGGCUUCGUCAAAUCAUCUGCCAAAUUAGCUUGCCAGGGAUCAACCAAGUGCUAUGAUUCUUUCAGUCCAGAUCAGCACAAGGCUGCUUCUGAAGACCUGUGUGCCACCUGCAAAUCUGUCGUGGCUGAUAUCCGCGCCUUGGACCGAGAUCAGGAUCUUCAGAAUGUGAUCAGGAGCCUUCUCAAAAAUGCCUGCUCAAAAACGGGACAAUUUCAAGAUCUGUGUAAUCUUCUUGUUGACGAAGGGCUACAGUAUGUGUUUGAGUUGAUUGCAACAGAGCUGGAACCCACUGUUGUGUGUGAGAAAUUUGAUCUUUGUCCUUCAAAAGACGGCAAGAAAAAUAAUAUGAUCAUCACUGAAGAAAAGCCCAAAGUUGAGGGUGCUGGGGAGUGUGUCCUGUGUCAGCUUGUUGUGAAAGAGGUGGACCAAUGGAUUGCACAGAACAAAUCUGCCGCUGAAGUUGAAAAACUUCUGGAAAUAUUCUGCGACGACUUGCCAUCACCUGUGCAGGCAGAAUGCAAGGCUUUUGUUCAACAGUAUGAGAAAAUGAUCAUUUCCUUUGUAGAGGCACAGCUCAGUCCCCAGCACAUAUGCAAGUUGCUGCAUCUCUGCACUUCUACAGAUGCCCAGCGCGAAGUCUCCGGUGUGAGCUGUUCAUUGUGUGAGUUCGUGAUGAAGGAGCUCGAUCACGUUAUUGCUGAAAAUUCCACAGCGGAGGAGAUUAAAAAGGAACUGGAUCUUAUAUGUGCCGGCCUGCCUGGCAAACUUCCCGCGGAGUGUAGGGAAUAUGUCGAUAAGUACGAGCCUCUCAUCAUCAAACUUCUGCUGCAGAAGCUGAAACCAGACGCAGUCUGCAAAGCUUUAGGACUCUGUCCUAACACAACAGGUGAGCAGGAAAUGUUGCGUGUUCCCGUGAAGGCCAACAGUGAGCUAUGCGACCUGUGCAAGUACGUGGUCCAGUACCUGGACAAUUAUCUGGAGAAAAACAGCACGGAGGCUGAGAUUGAGCAGAUGCUGGACAGAGUGUGUGCCAUCCUCCCUGGUGAUCUGAAACAGCAAUGUGACGACCUGGUCAAGCAGUACGGCCCAACCAUCAUCCAGUUGUUGCUGCAGGAACUUAAGCCUGACCAAGUGUGCUCUGCCCUAGGACUUUGCUCGGCUAACAAAGUGAAGCUGGCCCAACCAAACAGUGAAGCGUGUGACCUGUGCAACUUUGUGGUGGGGUAUCUGGACAGUUUCCUGGAGAAGAACUCCACUGAGGCUCAGGUUGAGCAGCUGCUGGACAGAGUGUGUGCCGUCCUUCCCGGUUUUCUGAAACAGCAAUGUGACGACCUGGUCAAGCAGUACGGCCCAAUCAUCGUCCAGUUGUUGGUGCGAGAGCUCGAGCCCGACGAAGUGUGCUCUGCCCUUAGACUUUGCUUGACCAACCAAGUGAAAGUGGACAUUUCCCAAUUUGCUGUCAAGACUGAAGCGUGUGAUGUGUGCAAGCUUGUUGUGAACAGUAUAGACAAUUUCCUUGCUGAGAAUAAAACGGAUGCGGAGAUUGAAGCCGGUCUUUUGAAAAUUUGCGCAUCCCUCCCCGGGACUCUGAAGGAAGAGUGUAACUCCAUCGUGCUGCAGUAUACCUCCAUUGCCCUUCACAAACUGAUCGACUUGCUCAAACCAGACCAGAUUUGUCAAGACCUGAAACUGUGCUCAGCUGCAAGAAAAGUGGUGGAGGUAGCUCCCAAGAAAGCAACUCCUGAACUGUGCAACGUGUGCAUGUAUGUGGUGCAGUAUCUGGAUAGUUUCCUGGUGAAGAACAGCACAGAGGCUGAGAUUGAGCAGCUGCUGGACAGAGUGUGUGCCAUCCUCCCUGGUGAUCUGAAACAGCAAUGUGACAACCUGGUCAAGCUGUUCGGCCCAACCAUCAUCCAGUUGUUGGUGCAGGAACUUAAGCCUGACCAAGUGUGCUCUGCCCUAGGACUUUGCUCGGCUAACAAAGUGAAACUGGCCCAACCAAACAGUGAACUGUGUGACCUUUGCAAGCUUGUGGUGCAGUAUCUGGACACUUUCCUAGAGAAGAACAGCACGGAGGCUGAGAUUGAGCAGAUGCUGGACAGAGUGUGUGCCAUCCUCCCUGGUGAUCUGAAACAGCAAUGUGACGACCUGGUCAAGCAGUACGGCCCAACCAUCAUCCAGUUGUUGCUGCAGGAACUUAAGCCUGACCAAGUGUGCUCUGCCCUAGGACUUUGCUCGGCUAACAAAGUGAAAUUGGCCCAACCAAACAGUGAACUGUGUGACCUUUGCAAGCUUGUGGUGCAGUAUCUGGACACUUUCCUAGAGAAGAACAGCACGGAGGCUGAGAUUGAGCAGAUGCUGGACAGAGUGUGUGCCAUCCUCCCUGGUGAUCUGAAACAGCAAUGUGACGACCUGGUCAAGCAGUACGGCCCAACCAUCAUCCAAUUGUUGCUGCAGGAACUUAAGCCUGACCAAGUGUGCUCUGCCCUAGGACUUUGCUCGGCUAACAAAGUGAAACUGGCCCAACCAAACAGUGAACUGUGUGACCUUUGCAAGCUUGUGGUGCAGUAUCUGGACACUUUCCUAGAGAAGAACAGCACGGAGGCUGAGAUUGAGCAGAUGCUGGACAGAGUGUGUGCCAUCCUCCCUGGUGAUCUGAAACAGCAAUGUGACGACCUGGUCAAGCAGUACGGCCCAACCAUCAUCCAGUUGUUGCUGCAGGAACUUAAGCCUGACCAAGUGUGCUCUGCCCUAGGACUUUGCUCGGCUAACAAAGUGAAAUUGGCCCAACCAAACAGUGAACUGUGUGACCUUUGCAAGCUUGUGGUGCAGUAUCUGGACACUUUCCUAGAGAAGAACAGCACGGAGGCUGAGAUUGAGCAGAUGCUGGACAGAGUGUGUGCCAUCCUCCCUGGUGAUCUGAAACAGCAAUGUGACGACCUGGUCAAGCAGUACGGCCCAACCAUCAUCCAGUUGUUGCUGCAGGAACUUAAGCCUGACCAAGUGUGCUCUGCCCUAGGACUUUGCUCGGCUAACAAAGUGAAACUGGCCCAACCAAACAGUGAACUGUGUGACCUUUGCAAGCUUGUGGUGCAGUAUCUGGACACUUUCCUAGAGAAGAACAGCACGGAGGCUGAGAUUGAGCAGAUGCUGGACAGAGUGUGUGCCAUCCUCCCUGGUGAUCUGAAACAGCAAUGUGACGACCUGGUCAAGCAGUACGGCCCAACCAUCAUCCAGUUGUUGCUGCAGGAACUUAAGCCUGACCAAGUGUGCUCUGCCCUAGGACUUUGCUCGGCUAACAAAGUGAAACUGGCCCAACCAAACAGUGAACUGUGUGACCUUUGCAAGCUUGUGGUGCAGUAUCUGGACACUUUCCUAGAGAAGAACAGCACGGAGGCUGAGAUUGAGCAGAUGCUGGACAGAGUGUGUGCCAUCCUCCCUGGUGAUCUGAAACAGCAAUGUGACGACCUGGUCAAGCAGUACGGCCCAACCAUCAUCCAGUUGUUGCUGCAGGAACUUAAGCCUGACCAAGUGUGCUCUGCCCUAGGACUUUGCUCGGCUAACAAAGUGAAAUUGGCUCAACCAAACAGUGAACUGUGUGACCUUUGCAAGCUUGUGGUGCAGUAUCUGGACACUUUCCUAGAGAAAAACAGCACGGAGACUGAGAUUGAGCAGAUGCUGGACAGAGUGUGUGCCAUCCUCCCUGGUGAUCUGAAACAGCAAUGUGACGACUUGGUCAAGCAGUACGGCCCAACCAUCAUCCAGUUGUUGCUGCAGGAACUUAAGCCUGACCAAAUUUGCUCUGCCCUAGGACUUUGUUCUGCUAACAAAGUUGUGAAGUCGUCAGCUGGCGGGUGUGUGCUGUGUGAGUUCAUCAUGGCGGAGCUCGACAAGAUGCUCAGCAAGACUGCCACCCAGGCCUCCAUCAAGUCAGCCCUGGACCAGGUGUGUGCUCGUCUGCCGGGGACUUUGUCCCAACAGUGCAAGACGUGGGUGGACAAAUACUCGGCCUUCGUCAUCGAAGUUCUGCUACAGGAGAUGGAGCCCAAGAAAGUGUGCACUCGUCUCUCUCUCUGCGCCGCAGGUGAAAGAAAUCAGUUGAAAGUGAAGGGAACUGACCUGGACAAUCAGAAGACAGAAAUCUGCGCUUUGUGUGAGCUCGUUAUGAGCACUUUGGAAAAUAUCCUCAAGAAAAAUGCCACCCAGGAGGACAUCAUCACGGCCCUGGACCGUGUGUGCGACCUACUGCCCGACCAGUACAAGAAGCCGUGCCUGCAGUAUGUGCCCAUGUACACGCGCUAUGUGGUGGAGCUGAUUGAGAAGGAGAUCCCCCCCAACCUCAUCUGUGACUACAUCAAGCUCUGCAAGGACGACCGGUUUUCAGUCAACGCUGUGAAGCUGCCCUCUGUGACAGUGACUGCAAGGAGUGGAGAAAUGUGCUCGGUGUGCAAGCUUGGCUUCACCUACCUGUACGCCGCCCUGGACAAGAAUGCUACUCAGGCUGAGAUAAUGGCUGCCCUGGACAAAGUGUGCAGCAUCACCCCAGCCAGCGUGAGGUCUGAGUGCCAGAACUUUGUGCAGGUUUACCUCCCCUACGUUAUCCAUCUGCUCGAGGCGGAGAUCUCGCCUGAUGUGGCCUGCCAUGACCUUGGCCUUUGCUCGUCGUCCCAAAGCCCCGUCUCAGGUGUCUCCAGACAAGGCCUGCUCCUACCUGGGCCUCUGUACCUCCAACAAAGUUUCGUCUGUGAAUGAUGAGAAGUGUGUCUUGUGUGAGUUUGUGAUGAAGCAGCUGGACACACUCAUCGGCAGUAACGCCACAGUGACUGACAUUGAGAAAGCCCUGGACGUCGUCUGCGACAUCUUGCCCUCGACUCUUCGCACCGAGUGUGAGCAGUUUGUGUCGGAGAACGCUCCGGCCAUCAUUGCCAUCCUGGUCCAACAGCUGAGGCCGCGACAAGUGUGCAUCGCCAUAGGGGUGUGUCAGAACAGCCAGAAAGAAUCCUCCAUUGCUCUGCCAGCAGUGAAGCCAAAGGUUUCCAGCGCGACUUGCACAUUGUGUGAGUUUGUGGUCUCUGAACUGGACAAGCUUCUCACAGAAAACUCCACUGAGCAAGAGAUCCGGAAGGCUCUGGAUGUUGUGUGCGACCUCCUGCCCGCCACCAUCCGCCAGGAAUGUCUGACCUUCGUCAACGAGUACGCCCCCGACAUCGUGCAGCUGCUGUUGCAGAAGCUGCAGCCCAAAUAUCUGUGCACGGUCCUGGACCUCUGUACCGCCACCUCUCAGCCAUCAGAAUCACGUGUCCUGACAGAGACAGCAAUAAAGGUUGACGGCCCACAGUGCGCUCUCUGUGAGUUUGUCAUGACUCAGCUCGACCAGCUGCUGUCUGAGAAUGCCACCGAGGAGGAGAUUAAGAAAGCUCUAGAUGCUGUUUGCGACUUGCUGCCUCCCAGCAUCAAAUCCGAAUGUCUGCCGUUUGUGAACGAGUACGCCGACUACGUCAUCAAGCUGCUGGUACAGAAACUGGAGCCCAAAUAUGUGUGCACCGUUCUCGGACUCUGCUCUGGCAACGCGAAGAAACUGCAAGCAGUACCUCAGGUGUCAAAGGUCAGCGGAGCUGGAGAUGAACUGUGUGCCAUGUGUGAGCUCGUAGCUCAGGUUCUGGAUCAGACUCUGGCGAAGAAUGCAACUGAGGCGACCAUCAAGGAGAACCUGGACCAGCUGUGCUUCCUCCUGCCCCAGACGGUCGCCAGCGAGUGCCACCAGUUUGUGGAGCAGUACACCAUCCAGAUCCUACAGUACCUCGCCCAGGAGAUGGAGCCCAAGAAACUCUGCACGGCGCUCAAGCUCUGCUCUCAGGCCGCCGUCACCGUCGAAGAGGUGAAACCUUCUGUAGAUGCUGGCCCCCUGUGCCCCCUCUGUGAAUUUGUCAUGUCACAGCUGGACAAAAUGCUGGCUACAAAUGCCACUGAGGCUGAGAUAGAGAUGGCCCUGGACAAAGUCUGUGACAUCAUGCCGACCACAAUCCGCAGUGAGUGCAAGAGCCUGGUGGCGCAGUACGGCAGUGUGAUCGUCCAACUGUUGCUGCAAGAACUGCAGCCCAAGCACGUGUGUACCGUGCUGGGACUCUGCUCACAGACACAGGCUCAGACACAGGCUCAAAAAGUGAAGGUGAAUGGUGAACUGUGCGUGGUCUGUGAGUUUGUGUUGACCGAGCUGGACAAUACCCUCAGUGGAAACGCUACCGAGGCUGAAAUCGAAGCUGCUCUUGACAAAGUGUGUGACGCUCUGCCGGCCACGAUCAGGUCGGAAUGUGAGGCACUUGUAAAGCAGUACACACCGACGAUCGUCAAACUGCUGGUGGAGAAACUGGACCCCAAGCUGGUGUGCACUGCUCUCGGACUCUGCUCUCAGACCCGCACGCAAGAAGUGAAGGUGUCGGAGAAGUCCGGUAACCUUUGUGUGGUCUGUGAGUUUGUGAUGACCGAGCUGGACAAUAUGCUGGGGAGAAAUGCUACAGAGGCUCAAAUAGAAGCUGCUCUGGACAAGGUGUGCGACAUCUUGCCAAGUGCCGUCAGAUCAGAAUGUGAGGCUCUGAUUGAGCAGUACGCGCCGAUCAUCGUCAAGUUGCUGCUGCAGAAACUGGACCCCAAGCAAGUGUGCACCAAGCUGGGACUCUGCUCUCAGACCCACACACAAGAUCUGAAGCAGUCGUCCGGGGAGGUGUGUGUCCUCUGUGAGUUCAUCAUGAUGGAGCUGAAGAAAACCCUGAGGAGCAACGCUACCGAGGAGGCUAUCAGGAAAGCUCUGGACAGCGUGUGUGGCUUACUGCCGAGUGAGCUGAGGAAGGACUGCAGGGAGUGGGUGGACCGCUACGAGAACCAGGUCGUCCAGAUGCUGCUCAACCAGCUCUCACCUGGCGACAUCUGCUCUGGCCUGGGACUCUGCUCCGACGCAGUUGCACAAGUCAAAAAAUCCAAGGUUGACACUUGUGAAGUCUGCAAAUUUAUCAUGGGAGAACUUGAGGAACUGCUGAAGCAGCAAGUCACAGAGGCGGGAGUUGAAAAGUUCCUGGACGGUGUUUGUGACCAGCUGCGUACCGACUGGCAAGCCCAGUGCAAGGACCUGGUCACUAUGUACGCCCCGGCCAUCAUCGAGUACAUCAAGAAGGGGCUGGACCUCAAGGGCUUCUGCUCCUUUGUGGGUCUCUGCCCAAAAACUGGGAGUAAAGCAUAUUUCUCCACAGAGAGGACAAAGUCUCUGAUGUUUGAGUCAGAGCGUGUCGUGGAAACAGCCGGCCAGCCCGAGGUGAUGAAGUACUGCAGCAUGUGCAAGCUGGCCCUGUACGAGGUGCAGAAUGUCAUGUCUCAUCCACGGGGACAGGCUGAAGGAAAGAAGAUUUUGUACAAGAUGUGUGCCUCUCUGCCGAAGGAACAAGCCGUGUGCAAGGCAAUGGUGGACGCCGAGUUUCCUUUUAUUGUGAAGGAGAUUGCAAAUUUCAGAUUCCCGAUUUCCUUCUGCCAGAAAAUCAAACUGUGUGAGCCUCCAAGAGAUACAAAUGACUUCCCAAUGAAAGUGCCCACCUUUUGAGUGUGUCAGCGACAGAACGUACAACGCAACAGGUGUCAUAUUUAUAUGUAUAUGCAAUGUCUUCAUCUUCCUUCUAGGCUUUCCUAUUGUUUAGUAAGGGACGGGGUGGGAAGGGGGGAGGGGGGGGGGAGUGAUGGAACAGGGGGACGGGUUGAUGUCAAAUGGGAUUUUGUGAUACUCGCGCACUGAUAUUAUGGUGCUGUUCCAAUGCACGUGAUUGGCCCGUUGUGUCAGGCUUUUGUCUAUAGUAUGGUCUCGAUUAUCACCCGUUUCUUUCCCCGUUUCCUUGAUUUCAAAUUUUCAAUUUAUGUCUUUGUACUUGGUAAACGUAAAGUACCAAUGUACAAGAGCUUUUCAAGUGUGUUGUGCGUUUAACCUUGUUUCAGUGUAAGUUUUUCGGGUUUAUUUUUGUAUCGCUUUCCUUUUUGCUUUACUUAGUAGUACAUUUUAGUCAUUGAGAUGAAUGAGACUGUUCACUGUGGUACAUCUGUAAGGCUGGUUCUUCAGAACAUUUGGCAUGUGUGAAGUGAAGGUCAUAAGCUUUAGUUAUAAAGGUGUGUGUGUGUGCAAUCAAUCCCCUUUGUUAUGGCAUGAGAGAGGCUUGUUUUUUCACAAGACUUUGUUGAUGUCGCGUAUACAUUUAGUUCCUGUACACUUCUUGAGACCCUUCAUGAUCACAUACUUUUGGGGAGCGUAUAGUUUCUUCUCUCAACAACGGCCCUACAAGCCAGCUGCAGUUUAUGUUUUUCAUUUCGUAAGUCUCAGGUCACUUUGGGUAACAUAUUUUGUGCCGGCUUGCUUUGUUCGAACUGAAUUAUUGCGCUCUAAUUGAAAGUAGCCUUUCUGUAUUGUUACUGCCGUCAUUUUCAGGGCUUGAAAAAAAAUGUGUUAUCUUGUACUAAAAAAAGGCAGCUCCUUGAAUAUUUAAUUUAUAAGGAAAUUGAGCUAGUCACAAAACUGACUGAUGAAAGAGUUAGUGGAAAGUAUAGAAGUUUCAACUGUUCCAUCAGGUGUUUAUGUCUAUUUGCGUAAACUCUCUUGUGCAUAAAGAGUGAAAAUAGGGACAAAUGACGUACUGUAUCAUUGAAAAAGUGUUGCAGGGUAAAUUCACCAAAAGAAGCCAAAGUUACCUUGUGUUUAUUUUGUUAUUUUCAAGAACUCUUUAGUUUAAACCUGUAUGGUUAGUUUUGUCUUCAAGAACAGCCUUGAUGAGUGCUUUGUUAUUUGAAAAUGAUAGUUUUGUAACUUCUUGUGCUUUAAUAAAUACAUUCCAUGUGCAAGACUGUAACGUGACGACGUACUUUGCGUCAGUUUCCCCUCUAUGUAUAGUACUACAACAGAGUACCUUGAAUGUGUGCGUCUCGUCAUUCCAGUCGUGUGUUUGAGAUCAAGUCGGCGCUCCCUACUUUACUCUCUAGCUGUCGCUAACACAUAACCUGUGGUGCCAGGGGUAAAUUGUGGAUAUGAUUUCACCAUGCUUUAUUGGAGAAUGCUUGAGAACAGGCAAACCAAGCAAGAAAAGGCUAUUAACCUAAACAUUUUGAGAAAGUGUAAUGUAAGUCAAAAGUGGGGAAAUAAAGCUCAUUUUUAGAAGGAGUUAAAAGGGUUGGCAUUAUUUUUUUUUUUACGAGUAACGUAACUGAAAUAGCAACUCAAAUGAAAACUUACGGACGAUUUACUCGAGUGUUGACAUUUCGAGAGUUUUAAAAAAUCUAUCUGUUACUAUUAAAGGAUGGUGUACUUGUUUACUCUGAUUUUUUUUAAGAUAUUCUGUUCAAAUUUUCAAAGGAAUCCAAUUUUUAGCAUAUUUUUCCAUAUAUUUCUUUUAAUCUUUACAUAUAGGCUACCGGUACAAAAUCAUUUACACUCCGCUGUAGUCUUUUUACUUUUUAAGGUUAGAGCUACGGCUGUCAGGGUCAUGGGUAUUUGAUGACAAUCUGUGAAAGUAAGUUAUAUAUAUAUAUAUAUAUCUGGAGAAGGUCUUUCUUUCAAGUACUGUUUUUCUGGCAGAUCAAUUUUUUAUCACGAUUGGUUGCCAGUCUUGUAAUACUUUUGUUUUGUCGGAAUGAUACUAGUAGCACGUUUUUAACUUUAUGAAAGUUGCUCGUUUUUAAUUGUGUACACUGUUGUUGUCCAAGAUAAGCUUUUGCUGGUGUAGAGAGAGAGCGUAAGACUCACUGUACUUUUGAAAAGUAAUGCUCUAAAUAUAAAGUAUUUUGCACUGAAUUAUUUUCUUUUUGUAAGCCUUUGUAUAUUGACGUUGGGUAAUGAAGUGGCUAAUACUAAUGAUGCAUCGUGGGAGGAGUGGGUAGUCAUGGCAACAGUGUAAUUAUAUCAAGCUUAGGAGCAUCGAAACAUGUUGUAGUCGAAGGAUUACAUAUUAAUUAUGACAGUGAAUCCCGGUUGGGUGUUUUUUUUGUAAAAUGAAGUGGUAUUAUGAUACUAGUAUUACAUGUUAUAAUCUGGUGUUUUUUGUUUAUGAUGAAGUGUGCUUGAAAAGUUACUCUCAUUUUGUAAUACGAGCUUACUUGCUUGUAUGUGUGUCGUGUGAAUGAAACAUAUGUUAUCUAAUGGUAUGUCAAAGAAAAAAACAUGUACUUGUUCCCUUUCUUCAUUCAAAUCUGUUUUGUCAAAUAUUUUUGUGACUCUUUCUGUGGAUUUACUUCCAUGCUCAUGACUUUUUGAUGUGUGUAUUCGACUUUGUAAUAUUUAACCCCUGUUCUGCCGUAAGCUGACGAAGCGCCUUUUUUUUUCUUCACAGCAGUUUCGAGAAAAAGAGGGGGAGGGGGGGGGGGGGGUGGUUCAGCGUAACCAUUUCAAAAUAGAGUCAUUCCGAAAUUUUAAUUUGAAUUUAUUCAAAAACUAGUCACUGUUUCACUUUGAUUUGUUUUCACACACGUAAGGUUGCUGAUCGAGACUUCCGAUUAAGCAAAUAAAAAAUUAUGGCGUCAAAAUGAAAAAAAAAGGCAUUUUAUCAACUUAUGGCAGUGUUGUGUAAAUGUUCGGAGAAAAUUUUCUGAGUCAUGAGAUUAAACUACUUUUUUGUACCACAA